CGACUCUAGGUUCACAGCCGGUUCAACCCAGAAAACCCGAGAGUCUUCUCUCUCUAAACCACAGCCGACUCUAGGUUCUGCAGCCGGCUCAACCUGCAGGCGACCCAAACCCGGAUCCGCUUUACAGCCGACUCUACAAUUAUAGCCGGCUUUCCUGCAGAUUUUUAAGGCUCGAGUUUCUCUCUCUCCUCGCACAAACAAGUCAGAUCUGUUUCAUUUCCUCCCCAAACCCGCGACCUCUCCUCUCCCAAAUCUCGCCAUUCACUCUCCCAAACACCUAAAUCCCUCCAAAUCUCCAAAACCCAUCCCUUAAACACUCAAAAACCAUCAAAUCCUUGCCUACCCAACUCAAAUCCACAAGCUUCCAAUUUUCGUUGGGUUUUGCUGAGUUCUAUCUCUCAUGGCUUCAAGAAGGGGCGGAAGCAAAAGGAAACAGAUUGGAAGUUCUAGUGCCGAUGGUCAAGCACAAGAGGAAGGUAACAUCCCACAAUCAAAUCUUUUUUUGGAUACCCAAGCCUCUGCACAGUAUGAUAUUAUCAAGAAUAUGGCUGUUUUAUCUUGCAAUUGUGUGAAAUUUAGUCAAUUUCCUCAAGGAGAUAUGCGUGUUGAGCAAAUCUUUAGGGAACUUGGAUGGAAGAAUUAUAUAGAAAUUAAAGAGCCUGUGUAUUAUGAAGUUGUCCAUCAAUUUUAUGCUAAUCUGAAACCAAGAGGAAAUAAAUGCAAAACUAUGGUUACUGGGGUGUCAUUUCAAUUUUCACCAAGGGAUAUUUGUGCUGCAUUAGAUAUACCCGAAGGAGGAGAUGAUGAGUUUGUAGAUGUGAAUCAUGCUUUAGUUAGAGCCACAAUUGCCCCCAAUUGCACUGAAAAUCAAGUUAAAGUGGGGUCUCUUACACCAGAGAAUAGAGCAUUGCAGUGGAUUAUAUCUCGCAUUAUUGCUCAGAGGAAGGGUUCUAAAUCUUAUGUUCUUGCUAGUGAUCUUCCCUGGUUCGAUUAUCUUCUUAACGGAAAAAGGGUGAAUCUAGGAAGAUACAUUUUCCGAAGCAUAAUCAAGUCUUACUCACCCACUACGGGACUUCCUCAUGGUGCUCUAAUUACUAGAUUGGUGAAGAGGAACAAUAUUAAUCUUACCUCCUUUCGGUUCGGAACGGUUCCUGGUGGGACUACACUUACCAAAGCCUCUUUUGAGAAAAUGGACUGUUUAUUUAGAAAUGGCAUGUGGAUAAAGAAAGGGGAACAAGAAAAGGAUGAAGAAGAAGCUGAUACAGAUCAAGAAAUGGCAGAACAAGGGGCAAAAGAACAUGAAGAUGACAGCCCAAGACCAUUUCGAGCUUCCAUGCAAAGAACUAACCGUCAAACUAUGGAGUCAAUGAUAUCUGAGAUGCAGCAGCUGCACACCGACUUUUAUGGUUCCCGGACAGAAAUGAGAGAGAGAAUGACUAACGUGGAAGGACAUCUUGGUCGGCUUGUUAACCAUUUUUUUCCUCCACCCCCACCUGAUGCCAACUGACUUGAUAUUUCUUUAGUUUGGCUAACCUUUAGGAUGGACAUCCUAGGGUUAUGCAUAUUAUGCUUUUAUUUGACUAUGGAUAUGUCUUGAACCUUUUUAUGGAUUUUAUGUUUUAUGAAUGGAAAUGGCAUUACUUGUGUUAUCAUGCUUUGUGUUUAUGAUUUUGAUGAUAAUAUGCUCUUAUUGAGGGGGAGCAUUUUGUGCUUAAAUUGCUUUUCUUAAUGGUUAUCAUGCUUAAAUGCUUUAAAGAUUGAUGUGCAUGAAUUAAGGGGGAGUUUGUUA